UUCGUUUUGUUUGUUUCAACAUGAAGGUCGUUUUAUCAGCUUAUCUCAUAGGUGUAGGACUUGCUUUUGGAGCGAAACUCUUAAAUAAAGGGUUUCCAGUGAACGAAUUUCGCUGCGACUAUGAAUAUAUCCCCGCGAUCGACGGCUGGAUGAAGUUCCACGUCAUCCCCGCCAACUGGUUCGAUGCUCGACUGAGGUGCCAUCUCGAAGGGACAACACUAGCGUCUCCACUGAACCCAGACAUCCAGGAAGCAAUGCUGAGUGUAUCAAAACUUGGCGCACAGCACAGCGACAUCUUCACCGGCAUUCACUCCACUUUCUCCAAGGGAAACUUUUUCUCAAUCGAAGGAGUUCCUCUUUCGGAUAUUCUGCACGAAUGGGGUACAGAUGAGCCCAACAACUUAAAUGACACAGAAAGCUGCGUAUACCUGACGCCCAGUGGUACCAUCGGAGACGGUACCUGUGACACACCUAAACCUUACGUGUGCUACAAAAGGAACGACGAGAACCAUGUACUCAAUGAGUGUGGUACCAUCGAUGAUGCAUAUACCCUGAACAGGCUGACCGGCAGUUGCUACAAGUUCCACCGCACGCCGCGCAUCUACUCGCGCGCGUACAUGGCCUGCGCCGCCGAGGGCGGGUACCUCUCCAUCAUCAACAGCGAACUGGAGGCUCGGUUCAUCAGGAAACUGUUCGCGCUGAACCCAGCGACAUCGAUGAUUGGACCUUUCUAUAAGGAUGUGGCGUACCUGGGCUUUCACGACUGGAAGGAGCACGGGGAGUGGCUCACUAUACAUGGUGAGACACUAGAGAGCGCUGGGUACGAGAAGUGGUCAUCCGGGGAGCCAAACAACCUUACGGGGGAGUUCUGCGGUGCCGUGUACCGCUCGGGGCUCCUGCUGGACCUCAUGUGUGACACCGUGCACGCCUUCAUAUGCGAGAAGAGUCCCGCUAGCUUGCUGUGUGAAUGACGUCACUCCUCUCCAAUGCUCUUCACUUCUUUCACUCCGAGAGAUUUUUUAGGGAUAGUUAACAUUUACAUAUUAUCUCUUAAAUCUAAAAUAAACGUAAAAAUAGUUUGAACAUGUAAACAACGAUACUAUCCACGGAUACAUACGAAAAUAAUGGCGUCACAAAAUACACAAACAUAAAUCAAUUAAAAAAAAUAGAGAGAGAGUUAUAACAAUAAUAAUUAAAAAUACAACGAAACAAAUAGGUACGAAAAAAAUGUAAUAAUAAUUAUAAUAAUAGUCUAUUAAAAUAUAAUAUGUAAAGGGAAAAAAUAAAUUAGAGAUUUAAUAACAAGAA